AAAGCUGAUUGAGUAGAAUCUUUCAUUUUUUAACAGUCGGUUGACCUUUUGAACAUUUAUGGAGGGAAUUUAUAUUUUCAGGGUCACUUCUUCCCAGGUGCCCGUUGGGAAGUUGCUUUGUAUGACUUUGUUGGUUGAUUUAAUAAAUUUUCAUAUGGUUGAAUAAGCGACAGUAAGAAAGGAUGAACAUUAUUUUGCCUUAGUAAAUAUCCUUAAUCACUCAAUGGACGACAUUAAUUACAUUGACGCAAUUUGCCUCAGUCGCAGGUAUGUCGUGUAUUUUAGCUCAAGUACCAUCUCCAAUUCAGUAUCUCGUAGAAUAGAUUGUUUCGUCAAUUUCGGUUGUUUUAAGAACUAAAUACUGGAAAUUUUCACUUGGUUAAUAACAGCGUACAUUUUAUCUACCACUGCACUCCAAACUUUGUCCAAAUCAAUCAUGGCAUUGUCUUAGUUUCGAUUGAUUAACUCAAGGUUGUCAGCAUAUUAUAAUUUUAUUAUGCAACUAAUUUUAAUGACUUUAAUGACCAGGAACAAAAGACGGCUGUGUUCACAUUAAAACUUAUAUAAAAACAGCAGACUAUGCAAAGUAGUAGACGGUAUAUGCGAUCAUUCAUACAUUAGUUGAAAAGCAAUGGUAAUGUUUCAGGAAAGUCCAAGCCAAAAUUUACAUAUCACAUGGAUAAUUGUGGUCAUUUGAAAUUACUGUUAUUGUUCUCUCUUUAUGGCUUUGAAUAGUAUGCUAAAUGACUCCUAGCUACCUUUAUAAUCUUUACCUUUUAUGUUUUGUAUGCUGUCCCUAUAGGUUUCAACAGGCUUCGUACUUUGCGUAAUUUCCAUCUCAUUUUAGUUGAUAACCGUAUGGUAUGCAAUAUUAUCUAUGGUUAUCGACCAAACAUUGAGACUUGAUAAAACAUCUGCUGGCGAAGAUCUAGAAACUCAAUCUGAGAAGAUUCGUGUUGAAGAUAUUUCACAAGAAACAGUGUCUAUCACUAUCUCAGAAUCACUCACAGAUGGGACAGAUGCCUCUACAACUGUAAAUUCACAAUCAACCAAUCAUGAGAAUAAAUCAGGAACACUUCAAGCAUUUACACGAUGUAAAAGUCCAACUAAUAAUAAUAAUUCAUUAAGCAGUUCAUCUAAUGCAACAUCUAUUGAAUAUUCACAAACAUCAAGCCCAGGUGAUUCUGGUCGUCGACGUUUAGUACCAGAUUUCAAUAUAGAUGAUUUAUUAUUAAUAUCUGAAUUAGGUCGUGGUAAUGGUGGAAUUGUAACAAAGUUACAACAUAAAUCAUCUGGUACAUUUUUAAUUAGAAAAACAUUUGAAUUAGAUGUAAAAACCACUACAAGAGCACAGAUUGUCAGAGAUUUACAGGUCCUUUGGGAGUGUAUAUCACCGCAUAUAAUUGAAUUUCAUGGAGCAAUACAUUCUGAAUGUUUAAUAAGUAUAUAUAUGGAGUAUAUGGAUGUUGGUGGAAUGGAUUUACUAUUGAAAAUGGUAGGACGUUUUCCUGAACCAAUUAUAAUUCAUAUUGCUGAUUCAGUUGUAUCAGGUCUACUUUAUUUGUGGCAAGAGUUGCAUAUGUUUCAUCGUAAUUUGAAACCAUCCAAUAUACUCAUUAAUCGUGCUGGUACUAUUAAAUUAUGUGAUUUUGUCGUCAGUUUACAGCUGAGUGAAUAUGUAGCUUCUGGAUUUUUAGGAUUCUCCACUUACAUAGCACCUGAACGUCUGGCGGGUGAACUAUUCACUGCAGCUAGUGAUAUAUGGAGUCUUGGAUUGACAUUAAUGGAAUUAGCUAUUGGACAAUAUCCAAUCCCAUCUAUUGAUCCAGUUGAUUUUGUACGUGCAUUUGCGCCAGAUCAAGAAACAAACAUGCUUGAACAUUUUAGAGCUGCAAAAACUGGUGAAUUAUUGCCUGCACUUACAGAUCCAAAAAGUCGAUCAACUAUUGGCAUGUACAAUUUAUUCACCUAUAUUGUAGAACAACCAGCUCCACGUUUACCAGUUUAUUGUUUCUCAUCUGAAUUCAUAUAUUUUAUUCAUUCAUGUUUACAAAAAGAUCCGAAUGAUCGUUUAUCUAUUGAAAUUAUUCAUAGACAUUUUAUUCCAGAAUUGAUUAAAUUAACAUGCCCUCAUUCAAAUCACAAUACACUUCGUCCGAUUUUUGUUGAUAGCUGUUUAAUUAAUUAUCUACGUGGUGUAUUUGCUCGUCAACAAGCUGAAGCAAUUGAUGCUGUUGCAUUAGCUGUCGGUGAAGAUUUUGAUUCUAUUGAUACUGAUUUUGAAGUUACUACUAUGUUGGAUUCAGUAUAGAUACAUUGUAAGGUUCCACUUAGUCAUAUGUGUGUAUAUAUAUAUUCCAGUGAAGGUAACUAAGAUGGAGAAAACGUGAGUAAUACAGAGAAAAACUAAAUUAAUGUACCAAAAUGUAGUAAGUACUAAUGUGUAAUCUCUUAAUUUACUUCUGUGAUGUCAUUUGUAUGAUCUUUAUUGGAACUUUAAAAAAAAACCGACUGAACGUUUCCUCUUCUUAGUUGAAUGUCUUCAUUUUAUUUAUGAUAUUAUUUAUUCAUUGUUUGUUCUGAUAUUUUCUCCUACAGCUUCAUGUCUUUAAUUAUGAGAUGAAUGAGAUUUCUUAUUUUCAUUUACCUGUGUACAUUUUCUCAUUUGUUGUAUACUACUACUAAUUACUGUUAUAAGUAAUAAUAAUAAUCAAAUGAUCACAUUGUUUUGUUGUGUGUAUGUGUGUGUACAUUUAUGCAAAAAAUACGACAUACAGAAUAAAUAUGUUUAUUUAUAUCAUUCAUCUGAUAUUUCUGUUACUGUGUUCACCUACUACCUGGUUACUGAAACAACAACAACAACAGAAUCUGACAUUUCUUUAAAUUCUUCAGUAUCAUAAUAUGAAUGAUUGUUAAUGAUGACCGUGGUUAUAUAUAUGAAUAAAAAUUAAUUUUUUAUAUGUAUAGUAACUAUAUACCUUAAAGUGAAACCCCUUUGAUACUAUUUCCAUCUUCUGUACUUAUUAUAAACUCAUCUAAUCAUGUAAAUUAUGUAAAGUAUUUUUUAGUUGAAUGGUGGACUAUUGAGAACUGUAUUGUUUCCCAUAUUAUUUAAUAUAUAUAUAUAUAUACCCCUUUUACAUCCUGUAAUCAAAACAAUUGUCUCUGUGUUCGUUUUCGUGGAAUCUUUUUUUUAUACUUAAAUUUAUAUUUUCCUAAGUAUUUUUCGCUUUAUUACAGAUGGACAUUUUUCGAUAGUAUAUCCAUAAUGCUUGAUUUACGAAUGGAAUUUUUUUAAUAUUUGAAUGAAAAUAUACAAGUGAUAUUUAUAUA